AUGUUCGGCAGACUCUUUGGCGGGGGCAGCAGUCAGCCUGCGGUGCCUGCUCCGGGUGGAGGAGGCAACACAGCGUCCUCGGCGACGAUCAACGCGAUGCAGAACUUGGGGGAGCGCGAGGAGCAGCUGGAAAAGAAGAAACUACUGCUGGAGCGGAAGAUAAAUGAUGAGAUGGACAAGGCGCGGGAGUUCACCAAGCAGAAGAAGAAGAGCCAGGCGCUGAUGUGCCUCAAGAAAAAGAAGAUGUACGAGCAGCAGCUGGAGCGCCUGGACGCCCUCGUCAGCAGGCCGUCCUCAGGCGGGCAGCACAGGGGUUGGGUUGCAUUGGCAUGGGGGCGGCUGCGGGAGGUCGUGGCGCGGAAGGCGCCAGGCGGCGCGGCGCGGGACAGGGCCGGCGCGGCGGCGGCCGCCCCGCAGCCGCCUGGCGUGCCCUUGCAGCGCGUGGCGGUGAUGGAGCAGAAGCACAUGCUGGAGGAGCAGCAGACCACGCUGGGCGUGCUGAGCAGCAUGCAGGCGGCCGCCAAGGCGCAGAAGAAGACCAUGCAGGCGCGCGCCGCCUCCGCCGCGGCGGCGGGCCGCUCGUCGGUUGAAUAUUGGGGACGACGCGGCUGGCAGCGGCGGCGGCGGUCGCGGUCCGGGUUUGGGGCGCUGCUAUUUGGAAGCGGGCGCGCGUGGGUGGGCAAAGGCAGCAGUGUGCCCUCCGGGCGCUUCCCGCCGCUGCCACCGUCACAGCGGGCCGCCGCCCUCGCGGCGUGGGGUGCCGAGAUGAAGAUCGAGAACAUUGACAACACACUGGAGGAGAUCCAGGAGGUUGGGGACCAGAUGAGGGCCAUCAACGAGGCAGUGGCGCAGCCCGUGGGCCUGAUGGGUGACCUGGAUGAUGACGAGCUGCUGAAUGAGCUCGCUGACCUGGAACAGGAGGAGGUGGACAAGGAGCUUCUGCAGCCCGCGCCCGUCCCCACCCACCGGGUGCCCGCCUCCGCCGCCGCUGCCGCCGCCGGCCUGCCCAACGCGCCCACCGGCGCCGCCAAGCCGAAGCAGAAGACGCAGGAGGAGCUCGAGCUCGAGGCGCUGCAGGCCGAGAUGGCGCUGUGA